GUCCGAUUGAUUAUAUACAUCUUUCACUAGAGGUGCACUAAUGGUUGUUAAAUGCGGAAAUAGAAGUCAUGCUAGAUGUAAAGGGAGAUUGCUGUUGUGUUGAGAAACAUCGAACUUCAAAAGUAUGAGAAGGAUUGACUUGACGUUAUUACCUAUCCUAUGCUGUGUAUUUGUCUAUUGUUAUCCCGUUCAGAGCAAAGAGGCUGCUUCCACUACUGCUGGUCGGUUAUUCUACUUAGCAACUCCAAGUCUUGGUCUCCCAUCUCUCGACAAAGAAACGAAAGUAAUUGUAUCAUUUCUCACUCCUGAGGAUGGCGUGAUGAUAUCGAUUACGAAACAAGGAGUGGAUCUAAAACAACAGAUUACUUUGACCGCCAUGACAGAUUAUCUGUAUAACGUGGACACCGAGUACAUUGAACGAGAUGGAGAAGUUACUUAUGAAUGGGCACUACGACUUUUCUCGGACAAUGGCUACUUCUGUGUGACUGUGUCAAUCUCCUUCAACAGAGAAUCGACAGAUACUGUACAGCUUCUCCCAGUAGCAGGAUGGGGCAGACAAUAUUACACUGUCCACUUGAGAGACACAUUUUCCAUCCAGAUUGUUGUCGACAAAGGUCCUGUGAACUUGACAGUCACCUUCAGAUUUACGUCCAUGGAAACUUCGUUACGUUACAAAGACAUUUACAUUUACAACGGGGACGAGAAACAGUUUCUUGUUCAGGCGCAAGGCGCCCUUGAGAUUUCUACAUGCAGACGAUCAUUUGGUAAAUCUGAAGACGCUACAGGGACACGUAUUGUCGGUACUGCCAAUUUUGGAGUUCUCUCCUUUAGUUGUCAUGGUGUCACAAACUCUAGCUCUUGUUCACGUUCAGACUACGUCAUUCGAGGACUGGUAGCGGAGAUGCUGCUCCCCCAAGAGUGUUACGGAACAGAGUUUAUCGUAGUUCCAGGUGUACUCCAGCUGGAGCAGGGCUUUAUCAUAGUGAUAGCUUCAGAGGCCAACACAGACGUGAAACUGAUUUACUCCAAAGAAGAGUUGGUGAUGCUUAGCCGAGCCGGAAUGUCGAUCACGAUAGACUUGUUGCAAGAAGUUUACUUGCUCCGCUCCUCACUUCCAGUCCAGGUGGUCUACAUUCAGCGCUCAACUUGCUCGGACAAAUCUGAAGGUUCUAACGUGGGUCCAAGCAUGGGUCUUUUAAUACCUACCAAUCUUUUUUACUGGCUCUACCUGUUUAGUGUACCAAGUGCUUUCAAUGUGUCCAACUUUUUGGUUGUCAUUGUAGAACUGCCCAGUCUGCAUUUCAUCCAACUUGAUAAUCAAAUGUUCAGCAAUGAUUUUAGUCUAAAGAGAGCCCCAAACAAUUCUAUUUGGCAUAUUGGAUAUAUGUCCAUUGACUCAGGCGCCCAUAAACUUGUCUCCACGCAGCCGAGUCCUUUUGGAAGUUACUUAUACAGCACCUCCUAUCUACAUCCUGUGGGAUAUAUAGCGGCUCACGUGAAUACGGAAUGUGAAGCGACAAUAAUGACCAUGACACUAUCAGACAAGAAAGACAACGACUGUGACAGGUUUGUGGAUGAGGAAGUAAUGAACGAAAAAGACGACGAUGGAGACGGUCGGAUCGAUGAAGACACCAAAGCGGUCAAUGUUCUUCCGUCCAAACUGUAUGAAGUCUAUUGGUAUACUGAUCAAGGCCAAUGGACUAUUUGGGAACAGUGGCAGUGUACGCUCGACUGUAAAAACUCUAAUUUCUUUCGUAAACGGUUUUGCCAAAACAGUUCUGCAGACGACAAAGAAGUCUUUUGUUUAGGAGAAAAAGAAGCGUACAAGUCAGGAGAUUGCUAUGUGGCUAGUUCAUGCCCAGAAUCGUGUCCCGACUAUCAAUGGGCUAUUAACUGUAAAAACAGCUGCAGCAAUUGUGUUGACCCUUGCAACAAAUUUACAGGGCGAUGCGUCAAGUGUAAAGAAGGAUUUAAAAAUACAGACUUAGGAUGUGACAAAGAAUGUGACAGUGGUGAGUUUGGUAUCGGCUGCAUGGGAAAUUGUAACGAAAAGUGUGGCACUGACUGUAUAGAUAGAAAAGAAGGCAAAUGUCCAAACUUUGCGAGUAGUAUUGGUAAUUCUGAGAUGGGUGAUUCUUCUGUCUACGGCUAUGUGAUCGGUGUUCUUGUAGUUCUCCUUCUAAUUGCUGCCUGUUACUGUGCCUACUUAAAAAAGAAAAGACCCGUAUAUGUGGUGACUAAGCCUAUCAAUGCAAGACCAUCCUGGGAUGCGUACAUGAUGAUUCCGAAGGCAGACUUUGAAACUUCCAGCAGGAGGUCUACAGCUGAAGAACAGAAGGAGAAAAGCUCGGACAAGUCUAGCGACUUUCAGAAGGAGCUUUUAAAAAACGGAGGGAAUCAAGUUUUUGUGGACGACGGGGGCAGCAGUACCGACCAUCCUGAUACUAUUAAAAUCUUCUCAGUUGAUACUUCCAAACAAUCAGAAUCGACCAGUUCGAAUUAAUUAACUUCUCGACCUAUCGUCCAUUUAUGUAUCGUCUGUUAUCAUGGGAUGUAGAAGGGGAAACUUUUUGGUGUCUGUGUGACCAAUAGGGGAGAUUUGUAGCCACAUACUGGUUACGUAUGAUGUUAAUCCUCACUGAUCAAGUCAGUGAUAUUUUUUGUACACUCCCGUUCCCCUAAUAUUAUUCAGAUCCAGAUGCUACUCGCUACUGUCCAAUAGAUAUAGUUAGUAAUACAGAGAUAUGAGUAGGCAAUCAAGAAAUCAUUAUUUAGGCUUAGCAAGACACAGGCAAUGUCUGGACCAAAGGCAUGACAUAAUUACAACAACAGUGUGUAUCCUUUCUUAGGUCCAAACCCAAUAAGGUCACUUUGGUACGCACUCUUUCUUAUGGUCUAAUCUCAGUAAGGUGACUUUAGUGUUUCUUAACUCACUCUUGCUUAGGUUCAAUCUAAAUUACGUCACUUUAGUGAUUUUUCGCUUGUCUUAGGGUCCAAUCUCAACAAGGCCACUUUGGUUAUUCUUAACUCAAUAUUUCUUAGGUCCAAUCCUACUAAAGUCACAUUGGUGAUUCUUCAUUUCUUGUUCUUAUGGUCCCAUCUCAAUAAGGACACUCUGGUGAUUCUUAACUCACUUGUUCUUAGGAUCUAAUCUCAAUAAGGCCACCUUAGUGAGUCUUAACGUACUCUUUCUUAGGGUUCAAUCUCAAUAAGAUCACUCUAGUGAUUGUUAAAUCACUAGUUCUUGGUCCAAUCUCAAUUUUACCUUACUUGUACUUAUAUUGAGCCUUAACAAGUGUUAAACCAUGCACUUAAAUUUUGGAUUUCAUGAACACUAACAUUAGUAUUGUUCAAUGAUUUCAAUAAUCAAAAUUCCGAGGUAUUUCUUCAGUUCUAACUACCAGCUUCGUCUUUCAGGGAGACCAUUGCUAAGAAUUAUAUUUUUCUUAUUCCUAUAUUUUAUUUAAACUGUAUCUUUAAAUAGAAUGCCUGUGAUAAAAUGCAUUGAUAAAAAAAAUAAUCAUUUGUG